UCUGUUGGGGGGGCAUCAAUGGCAACAGGGAUGAUGGUGAGGUCAUCACCAUUCACAGUGUCUCAGUGGCAGGAGCUGGAGCAUCAAGCUUUGAUCUUUAAGUAUCUAAUGGCAGGACUACCUGUCCCACCUGAUCUUGUGCUCCCUAUUCAGAAGAGCUUUGAAUCUAUGUCUUCUAGGUUCUUCCACCAUCCUACCAUGGGUUACUGUUCCUUCUAUGGGAAGAAGGUGGACCCGGAGCCAGGUAGAUGCCGGAGGACUGACGGCAAGAAAUGGAGGUGCUCCAAAGACGCCUACCCGGACUCCAAGUACUGUGAGCGCCACAUGCACCGUGGCCGCAACCGUUCAAGAAAGCCUGUGGAAUCACAAACUACUACACAGUCUUCUUCGACUGUGACUUCACUAACUGUCACUGGAGGCAGUGGCAGUGGAGCCGGGACCUUCCAGAACCUUCCCCUGCAAAACUUCAAUAACCCCCAAGGCGGCCCGGGGUCUGGAACCAACCAAUCCCAAUUCCAUAUGGAGCCCAUUCCCUAUGGCAUUCCUAAUAAAGAUUACAGGUACAGGUAUCUUCAUGGACUUAAACCCGAGGUAGGCGAGCAUAGUUUCUUCUCUGAAGCUUCAGGAAGCAACAGGGGUCUUCAGAUGGACUCGCCUUUGGACAGCACAUGGCCUCUGAUGCCAUCACGGGUCUCAUCAUUCCCCCCAUCAAAAUCAAGUGAAAACUCCAUCUUGCAGAGUGACUACCCCCAGCAUUCGUUCUUCAGCAGCGAAUUUGCGUCGGGAGAGGUUGUGAAACAGGAGGGUCAGUCUCUCCGUCCUUUCUUUGACGAGUGGCCUAAAACCAGAGACUCCUGGUCCGGCCUUGAGGAAGAGAGGUCCAACCAGACCUCAUUCUCCACAACCCAGCUCUCAAUUUCGAUCCCAAUGGCCUCCUCUGACUUCUCAACAACCAGCUCUCGGUCUCCCCACGAUAACUGAAAGAAUCAUGAUUUCGGAUUUCCAGGAGCUCUACCAUUUGCAACUUGGAAGAAGAUUUGUCUGAUUUGCUUGUGCACUUUCCGUGUAGCUCUGUGUGUAAAACUACAUUUGCGAGUUCAAGUUUUAGGUAUGGAAUAAAACAAGACUCAAAACUCUGGCAAAUAUUCAGGAACCAGAAAACAUUGUGUUUGUAACGAAUGAAAACAGAAACCAUUUUUUCUGGCAUUCCUUUGAUUGCUGUAAAUUUUGCGGGUUUCUUGAUGGCGUUACCCAUGUGGUAGAACAAUGUUCUUUUCCUAGUUUCUGCAGGGGAUGACAAAAAUUUUCCCGGAAUCCGGGGAGAAAUGACUCAUUUUAACUUUUGAGAACUCUUGAUACACUUGUUUGAGCUUUUAUAGAAUGAGUUCUAUUUGCAAA